GCAGAUUUUGCCUAAUUUUACCUUUGCCAAACUUACAAACAUGUGAUUGCAAGCAUUGGGUGAGAAGCUAUUUAAUCACAAGCUCAAGCUUCCAUUGUCAAUACAUUCACGACAAAUAUCAUUUUUCUAUACCAUGGGAACCAGUGACGUCAUGCCAUCAACUUAUGGUCGGAGAAUCACUGUUUUAAGCAUCGAUGGUGGAGGAAUCAGGGGUAUUAUACCUGCAACUAUGUUGAGUUUCCUUGAACUCAAGUUACAGGAACUAGAUGGAGAAGAUGCUCGGAUUGCAGAUUAUUUUGAUGUGAUUGCAGGAACAAGCACAGGGGGUCUAAUUGCAGCCAUGUUAACAGCUCCAGACGAAAAUGGGCGUCCUCUUUGUAAAGGGGAAGAUAUUGUUCCAUUUUAUCUGAGACAUGGCCCCAAGAUAUUUUUUCGGAAAAACUACAAGAAGAUGACGAUGAAAAUGGAUGCCCUAAUGAGACCUAAAUACAGUGGAAAGUAUCUGAGGAAGACGAUUUGCAUGGUCCUUGGGGAUCGAAGACUUCAUGAGACUUUAACCUCCGUUGUUAUACCAACCUUCGACAUCAAGUUGCUUCAACCCACCGUUUUCACAACCUUUGAGGCAAAGAUGGAUCCUUCAAAAGAUGCUUUGCUAUCUGAUAUUUGUAUUGCUACAGCUUCAGCUCCAACUUAUUUUCCAGCUUAUGCAUUUCAUACAAAAGAUUCAGAAGGAACUGAUAGGGAAUUUCACCUGGUUGAUGGAGGGAUAGCUGCAAAUAACCCAGCACUGCUAGCAUUGAAGCCAACAGGGGUAGCCUUUCCAAGUGAGCAAGAACAUGAAGUUUCGCAGGGACAAGCCCUUAACUACGAGAAUUAUUUGAUAAUCUCACUAGGCACAGGAACCUCCAAGAUGGGAAAGAAAUACAAUGCGAAAACGGCAGAGAAGUGGGGAAUUCUUGGAUGGCUUUACAGUGAAGGAAGCUCUCCAUUAGUGGAUGCUUUCACUUAUGCUGGAGCAGACAUGGUUGACCUUCACAUGUCAUUGAUUUUCAAGGCAAUUAAAUCCGAGCAUAACUAUCUUCGGAUCCAGGAUGACAAAUUAAGCGAGGAUGAAUCAUCAACCGACAAAGCUACUAAAAAGAACAUGAGGAACCUGGUAGAGAUUGCUGAAAAGCUGUUGCACAAACCUGUUUCGAGGAUGAAUCUGGACUCUGGGAUCUUUGAACCGGCUGACAAUGAAGGAACCUAUGCAGAAGCUCUAUCAAGGUCGGAAAUCUUUAAAACAAAAAGGGCAUUAUCUGAGAAACUUCCGCAGCAAAAAACUAUAGUUACCGUACAAAGUUAAUGAGUUUUAUGUUUUGGAGGGUGCAGAUUUGCGAAACUGCUAUCCGAGGAAAGGAGACUCCGAAAAGCAGAGAUUGGGAAGCAGCUUUGAACAAUAUGACCAAUGUUUGCUUAAAGCUUCUGAAAUUAUUAAAGUUGUAUGUGUGUUUAACUUAUUGAGGUGUUGUGUAAUCUUAUAUAGUAAAUAUAUUAAUCAUUCGCCUGUAUUAUUAUAUGGUAAUAAUUUAUGAAUAAUCUUAUGAUCUGAGUUGUCCUAUUGUGUUACCAUUUCAAUGGUUACGUUUGAUUAUAUUUUUUCUUCAUUUCUCAUUAA